AUUUUACUCAGUUUUAAAAACUAUAAGAUUAAAAAAGCACAACAAAAACAACUGCAACAAAUUUUUUUCUAGAACACAAAUAAAUAAUUAUUUUUUACAACAAUUAUUUAAAUAAAAAAAAACAAAAUAAAUUAUAAAACACAACAAUGGAAGCAAUUGCCAAACAUGAUUUCUCAGCAACAGCUGAUGAUGAGCUUAGUUUUCGUAAAAAUCAAAUUUUAAAGAUUUUAAAUAUGGAAGAUGAUUCAAAUUGGUAUCGUGCUGAACUAGAUGGUAAAGAAGGUUUAAUACCCAGCAAUUAUAUAGAAAUGAAAAAUCAUGACUGGUAUUAUGGUCGCAUAACUCGUGCUGAUGCUGAGAAACUAUUAUCUAAUAAACAUGAAGGCGCUUUUUUAAUACGUAUCAGUGAAUCCAGUCCGGGUGAUUUUUCAUUAUCGGUCAAAUGCCCCGAUGGUGUUCAACAUUUUAAGGUAUUACGUGACGCACAAGGUAAAUUUUUCCUUUGGGUGGUUAAAUUUAAUUCCCUCAAUGAAUUGGUGGAAUAUCAUCGAACGGCUAGUGUAUCAAGAUCACAAGAUGUUAAAUUAAGAGAUAUGAUACCUGAAGAGAUGCUUGUACAGGCUUUGUACGAUUUUGUGCCACAGGAAUCGGGUGAAUUGGACUUUAGACGUGGUGAUGUUAUCACUGUAACAGAUCGUUCUGAUGAAAACUGGUGGAAUGGUGAAAUUGGCAAUCGUAAAGGCAUUUUCCCAGCUACCUAUGUAACGCCAUAUCAUUCAUAAUUAUUGCUAAAUUAUAUUUAUAUUAAUAAUAAUAAUAAUCAUAAUAUUAAUAAUAAUACUAUAAACAAUUUCAACCACAACAACAACAAACAUAUACAAAAUAAAAAUCCUAUUAAAUUAUAAAACAACAAAAACGAAAAACAAACAAGAAAAGAAAUUAACAACAUUAACAGACUUACAGUUGUAAUAACAGUUUUAAAACCUCACUCAAACACACAUACACAUACAUACAUUGUAAACACCGUUGUCAUUUUAGUUUUUAAAAAGUUUUACUUCAAAUUUAUAAACUUUUACACACAUACCAUUUUAAGUU